UAUUAAUAUAGUUAAUCUACAAAACAAAUAACAUUUCAUUUUUAUUAAAAAAUAGUUACAGGGUAUACCACAAUGAAUAUCUAGUUAUUUACAAUAAAAAGCUCGCUCCGUACUUAAUCCUCUCGACCUUCGAGAUUACAAUUAGCCUUUUAUAAUGCAAUUUUUGUGUUAUUCUCUUAUAUAUUUUUGGUAAACCGAAGAUUUUGGACUAUUAAGCAGGUCUUAAUCCUGUUGUUGGGUAUAAUUAAAACUAUAAGCUCCCCAAGUCUAAAAAUAUCUAAUACGUGUCCUUCUCCUUAUAAAAGAAAGAAAUACUACAAAACAUCACAGCAGAAGAAGAUAGUGCACACCACACCAGUUACCAAAUCAGUUGGACCUACCGAAUUAAGAUACAACAUUUAAUGUCUGGUUUCUCAUUACAUUCUCACAUUUAUUACAAUUAAAAAACAAAAAUGUUACUUAUACAUAAUUACUAUAAAAUAAAUAAAUAAAAACAGCACUUGCACAUCAUUAUCGACCGACGUUUAUAUGAUGAACGACGGCAAAACACAGAGCAACGCCGUUAACUCUUGACGACGUCAGGUAUAAUAACGCUUGUCUGGUUUACGUAAAUGACAAAAAUACCCCUACGAACUAGUUGCGCGUCAAAAUCACAAACGAGAGACAGCAGCAGCAAACACAAUCGAUCGUCUCUUACUCCCUCUCUUUCGUCAUCUCUAAUCUUCUUCUUCUUCAUCAUCAUCACACUGACUGUGAAAAAGACCCCUUUUGUUCUUUUUUUAACAAUCUGAGAUCUGGAACAGAUAUUUCUAAAAUCUCAUUAAAUUCACCCAUAAAGUUUCAAUCUUUACCUUUUUUCCCCCAAUUAUUUCUCGAGAUUUCUUUCUAAAAUUUCUCCACCGAUUCACCCCCAAGCCUCUCUGGCUAUGAGAAUCUAUUGAAGUUCUUUCUUUCUCAGAGCCUCAAUGGUGCAAAAAAAAAAUCCCUAAUUUUUUCACCCCCAAUUAAAAAGAGAACUUCAAAUUCAUGGAGGAUCCAAGCACAUUCCGGUAGAUUUUGUUUCUCUGGGGGAGAAGAAGAGAAAGUCAAAUCUUUAGGGUUUUCCCGAUUUGAAGAAAGUUUCGAUUUUUUUUUAAAAAAAACCAAAUGUUCUCGAACCAGUUCGUUCUCGUCUUCUCUCUUCUUCUAUGUCUCCCAUUCGUCUUCUUCUUCGUUGCGCCACAUGUGUUCCCUUCACCUCCUCCUGGUGAAUCUUUAAUCCCAAUCUCCGAUGAGAUUGAUGACCGGAGUUUAUUCAUCGCCGCUGCUGGGUCAACCUCUCUUUCCCAUCUCUCAUCUGGAAACCCUAACCCUAAGCUCAAGAUUGCGUUUUUAUUCCUCACCAACUCCGAUCUCCAUUUCGCGCCAAUCUGGGAUCGCUUCUUCUCUGGUCAUCCUAAAUCUCUCUACAACGUCUAUGUCCACGGAGAUCCUUAUGCCAAUAUCACAAGACCUGGAAACGGCUCUGUAUUUGAGAAUGCCUUCAUUGCCAAUGCUAAGCGCACGGCACGAGCCUCUCCGACUCUUAUCUCCGCCACGAGACGGCUCCUCGCCACCGCGUUUCUUGAUGAUCCUGCUAAUACUUACUUCGCUGUGCUCUCUCAGUAUUGCAUUCCUCUCCACUCUUUCAACUACGUUUACAGCUCUCUCUUUGAGUCUUCGACUUUUGAUAAAUCUGAUCCGGAUCCUACUCCUAAUCCUAGAGGUAUCCGGAUCUUGUACCGGAGUUUUAUGGAACUGAUAUCUGAUGAGCCGAGGCUUUGGAAACGAUACAUUGCUCGGGGAAGGUAUGCUAUGAUGCCUGAGGUUCCGUUUGAGAAGUUCCGAGUUGGUUCGCAGUUCUUUGUUAUGACUAGAAAACAUGCUUUGUUAACAAUCAAAGAUCGGAUCUUGUGGCGUAAAUUUAAGCUCCCUUGUUAUCGUUCGGAUGAGUGUUACCCUGAGGAGCAUUACUUCCCAACGCUGUUGAACAUGAAGGAUCCUGAUGGUUGCACGGGGUAUACGCUUACCAGGGUUAACUGGACUGGCACUGUGAAAGGACAUCCUUAUACCUAUAAGCCUAAGGAAGUCGUGCCUGAGCUGAUCCAGAGACUCCGGCGAUCAAACCACUCUAGCUCCUACUUUUUCGCACGCAAAUUUACUCCAGGUUGCUUGAAGCCGCUGUUGGCCAUUGCAGAUUCCGUGAUUUUCAGAGAUUAAGUUAUGCGGGGUGACAAAAGAAAGUUUUGGACCGAAGAGGUUUUAUGAUAUGGGUUGAACCGUUGAGGAACAGAUGCCACUUUCAGGAUUAAGAAGUGGCAAAGCGAAACGAUGUUCGAAAUAAAUAUACCAGUUUUAGUGGUACUUGGAGGCAGCGCCUGCCUGUUAGCUGUUGUGACAUAAUAUAUCACACGACACGAGAACACAGAUUAAGAGAUGGAGAAUUUGUAAUUUGUUUUUAUUUUUUUGUUUUCUUUUUGUUCUUUGGAGCUGGUGCUGUUACAUAGCAGAGCUCUUUUUACCUCAAAGGCUUGGGGUUUGUAGCAUUAUAAAUGUAUCAAUGAAAGAGAUAUGUUAUUUUC